AUGGGCAAGCCUGGUGAGCCGUUUGCCGCGCGUACCAUCCUCGGUUGGUCGAUUUUCGGUCCUAUCAGCGCUAAUAUCAAGAGUCGAGAUGGGGAAAGAGUGCGAGUGAACUUUCUCAAAUACAGUGACAAUCCAGUUGAAACCGCACUAGUUCGCCAGUUUUUAGAGUUAGACAGUCUUGGAAUUUUUGACAAAAAAGGAAUGUCAAUAGAAGAUCGUAAGGCACUGAAGACAUUGGAGGACACAACCAAACGAGUAAAUGGUCGAUACGAGGUUGGGAUGUUGUGGAAAAGUCCAGACCCAUGGUUACCUGACAAUAAAACCAUGGCUGAGUCCAGAUUGGAGUCGUUGAGGAAAAGGCUGUCACGAGACCAUCAACUGCAUGAACAAUACUCUCAGUUCAUGGCCAAGAUGUUAACUAAAGGAUAUGCCAGAAAACUCACAGAAGAUGAAGCAGCCGCCCGAACGAGCAAAACCUGGUAUUUGCCACAUCAUGCUGUCUUUCACCCUAGGAAGCCUGGCAAAGUCCGGGUAGUGUUUGAUGCCGCCGCCAAAUAUCGUGGAGUCAGCUUAAACGAUCAGCUAGUGCAUGGCCCUGACCUCACCAAUAGUUUGCUUGGUGUGUUAGUGAGGUUUAGGGAGCGACCAAUGGCCCUGGUUGGUGACAUUGAGGGCAUGUUCUUACAAGUACAAGUGCCAGAAGAAGAUACAGAGUGUCUCAGGUUCCUAUGGUGGGACAAUGGGGACAUCACCGGCUGUGUAUCAGAGUUCAAGAUGGUGAGAAAGAUAUUUGGUGCCAAGGAUAGUCCAUGUUGCUGCAUCUACGCCUUGAGACGGUCAUCUGAUGACAGUAGUGGUUACAGCGCAGAGGCAGUGAAGGCAGUAAAGGACUCUUUCUACAUAGAUGACUAUUUUGAAAGUGUAGAUACAAUUGGCACAGGAACAGUACGUAUCCAGGAGGUGUCCAGGGUUGCCAAGGAAGGAGGAGGUUUUCACAUGACGGGCUGGCUUAGCAAUAGCAGAGAGGUACUAGCCAGCGUGCCAGAGUGUGAGCGAGCCGUCCCCACACUCGACCUAGAUUUAGACGAUUUUCCACUUUCAAGAGCCCUGGGUGUCAUGUGGGAUGUGCAGGAAGAUGUCUUCAAGUUCACAGUGGUUCCCAAUGACAAACCAGCCACAAAACGUGGUGUGCUUUCAACCAUAAGCUCACUGUUCGAUCCUGUUGGGUUCGUAUGCCCAGUGGUCCUAAAGGCAAAGAACAUAUUGCAGCGUCUAUGGGGACAGAAACUCGAUUGGGAUGACACCCUGCCACCUGAUGAACUAGAUGCCUGGGAAGCAUGGAAAGAGGAACUGCAAUCGCUAUCGGUGAUAAAACUUCCACGUUGCCACCUGUCCUGCCAGUUGGAGGUACAAGAGAUCACGCUUCACUACUUCUCUGAUGCCUCGGGCAGUGGGUACGGAAUUUGUUCGUUUUUGAGAUUUGUCUACAUCUCGGGUGAGGUGCAUUGCUCCUUUGUCACUGGCAGGAGUAGGUGCGCCCCUGUGAAGACGGCAUCGAUCCCUCGACUGGAGCUGCAAGCAGCCUGUCUGGCUGUUAAGGUACACCAAACACUCAAGGAUGAAAUCACCUACGACCUGAACAAGGUGGUGUUUUGGACGGACUCACAGACCGUGUUACAGUAUAUCGCCAAUGAAUCAAAGAGAUUCAAUGUCUAUGUGGCUAACCGUGUUGCUGAAAUUCGAGAGACCACCAGUGUGGAGCAGUGGCGUCAUUGUCCUGGGGAAUACAAUCCAGCGGAUGAUGCAUCUCGUGGGUUAAGUCCUGGAGAUCUCAGCAUGGAACAUCGAUGGUGGCACGGCCCAAGCUUCUUAUGGGAGGCUGAAGAAAACUGGCCCAUGACUGUAGUGCAGCCCUUACCUGACGACAAUGCAGAGCUGAAGAAGAAUGUAACCGUAAACCUGACCACCAAGCCAGAUGGAGAGAAGCCGAGUGGUGUUGAGAAAAUGAUCGCAGAUAGCAAGUCAUGGUCGGAACUGGUAGACAAGACAGCCUGGUUGACCAGCAUGGGAAAGAUCGCCCUCGUCCCUGAACGUCUCACAGAGGAGGAACGGGAGACUGCAGUCAUGUGGUUGGUCAAGAUUGCACAGGAGGUAUGUUUUGGCCCGGAGAUCGUUCUGUUGAAGAAGGGGAAAAACGUCCCCACUGGAAGCAAGAUAGCGGAUUUGCGACCAAUAUUGACGGAUGGUGUCCUCAGAGUUGGGGGAAGGCUUGAGAAUGCUCCCACGCUAUCAGCAGAUGAGAAACAUCCCGUCAUUCUACCCAGUGGUCAUGACGUGAGCUGGUUGAUCAUGAGAGAGACACAUAAGAAAGCCGCCCAUGCUGGGAGAGAGCAGACUUUAGCCAUCAGCAGACACCGAUUUUGGAUAUUGGGUGGACGACGUCUAGCCAAGAAGACAGUCAGAGAGUGUUUUGAGUGUAGAAAACAGAAUGCACAGCCGAUGCAACAAGUCAUGGCGCCUCUGCCUGCAUGCAGACUGACACCAUACAAGCCAAGCUUCACCUACACAGGAGUUGAUCUGUGGGGACCCAUAGAAGUGAAACGGGGCCGCAGCGUGGUGAAACGUUGGGGGUGUCUCUUUACGUGCUUAACCACAAGAGCUGUCUUUCUGGAGGUGGUGCCAUCUCUAAGCACGGACGACUUCAUCUUGGUCCUGAGGAUCUUCAUCAGCAGAAGAGGGCCCCCUGCAUCCAUAUUUUGUGACUGUGGAAGUAAUUUCAUAGGUUGUGAGCGGCUACUUCGAGAAGCUCUGCAGGAAUGGAAUAAACAGGCGAUAGAAGAUGAGAUGCGACAGAAGGGAAUAGUGUGGUCGUUUCAGCCUCCCACAGCGUCACACAUGUCGGGAGUUUGGGAACGUUUAGUAAAAAUCGCCAAAGGACAUCUGAGGACCCUGUCAGCGAAUUGCCAACUCACUGACUGUGGUUUACGAGCAUUGUUAGCCGAAGCGGAAGCUGUCAUGAAUGGGCGCCCCCUGUGUCCCGCGUCAAGUGACCCUGAAGACAUGGAAGUCUUAACGCCAAAUCACUUCUUGCUGCACAGGAAGGUGGAAGGACUGCCUCCCGGUGUGUUUGUUAAGGAGGAUUCCCUUUUGAGACAUGAGUGGAAAAAAGUUCAGUACUUGCUCAAUCUCUUCUGGGAGCGCUGGAUAAGCGAGUACAUUCCAAGCCUGCAGCGACUGGAGAAGUGGAGAUCAGUACGUCAGAACCUGAAGGUCGGAAACAUGGUUUUGAUAGCGGAUGAGUCUGUGAAACGAGGACAGUGGCCGAUCGGUAAAGUUACGAGGAUCGUGGAAAGCGUUGAUGGAAUGGUCAGAUCUGCCUAUGUUCAGACCGAAACCUCUGAGCUGCAUCGUCCCAUUGCCAAACUCUGCUUUCUUGAGGCAGCAGAGAAGUCAGACAAUUAG